AGGGAUCCGGUUCCUUCCCCCACCCCCCGUCACCCACCACGGCGGCCGCUUCGCCUGUACCACGCGGCUGACGCAAUUCCCUUUCUGUCGACAAGACAGCAGCAGCGAAACCCUUGGCUCGUCACAUUUGUUUCGUGGGUUCCGGAGGGAAUUCUUCACGGCGGAUUUUGACGAGGAAGAAUACAAUCUCGCGGCCGCCGACAUGUCGGACGAGGAGAUCAAGCUGUUCGACCCGAGCCUAACGAAGAAGAAGAAAAAGAAGAAGAAGCCAUUUGUCCAGGAGGACGGCGAUGGCGUGGACCCCGACGACACGUCUGCUGGCACCACGAUGGACACGGCCGAGCCGGUGCCGGUACCGGUGGAACCGGCAGACCGAGUAGACCUCGACGAUGCAGAUGCGGACAGCAAAGCCAAGAAGGAGCUCAUGGAUGUCUUCAAUGACUUUGACCUCAGCCAGAAAAAGAAAAAAAAGAAAAAGAAGGCAUUUGACCUGCAGGAGGUGGAUGCUGCUCUGCCCAGCGAGGAGGGUCUCCUGGCCGAGGUGGACGAGGUGAUCCCUGAAGAGGAGGAGCCCAAGAGCGACGGGGACCUGGAGCGUGACCUGGACCUGGGGCUCGGCAAUAAGAAGAAGAAGCCGAAGAAGCGCAUCAUCGAGGACCUGGAGAACGGGGACGACAUGUUCGACGGAGGCGACGAUGACAAGUUGGAUGACGACGGUGUGUCGUUCUCCAUGGGCAUGUCGGGACCGGCAUGGGCUGGCUCCGAGCGGGACUACACAUACGAUGAGCUGCUGAGCCGGGUGUUUAACAUCAUGCGGGAGAAGAACCCGGAGAUGAUGGCCGGCGAGAAGCGCAAGUUCGUGAUGAAGCCACCGCAGGUGGUGCGCGUCGGCACCAAGAAAUCGUCCUUCGCCAACUUCGCCGAGAUCUGCAAGCUUUUACAUCGACAACCGAAGCAUCUUCUCUUGUUCCUGCUCUCCGAGUUGGGUACCAGCGGCUCCAUUGACGGCAACAACCAGCUCAUCAUCAAGGGGCGUUUCCAGCAGAAGCAGAUUGAGAGCGUGCUGAGGAGAUACAUCAAGGAGUACGUGACGUGCCACACGUGCCGCUCUCCAGACACGACGCUGCAGAAGGACACGCGUCUCUACUUCCUGCAGUGUGAGACGUGCCACUCGCGCUGCUCUGUAGCCAGCAUCAAGGCCGGCUUCCAGGCCGUGACGGGCAAACGUGCACAGAUGCGCGCCAAGGCCAACUGAGCAACAACGGAGGCGGCGGCGGCGGCGGCGUUGACGUCGUUGCUUUGCACUGUGACGCAAAGCAACGCGGCAGCAAUGCCUGGUCACCCAACCAACCCGUGGGGCGGAUCCACCACGGAGAGGAGGGGGGGAGGCAUCCAUUUGCCGAGCAUUCCAGGGGGGAUAAAAUGGAUGGAGCUGUGGUGGGUGGGUGGGUGUCAAAUACAAAGAGAGAGAGAGCAACAACAAAAGAAAUCGGCCAACAUUUCAGCGGCAAGUUGAUGCGCGCGCAAUUUGGGCGGCGCAUUUUGGUCGUUUUAAAACUAAAAUUAAGGGAUUCCUUUUUGUCGAGUUAGCUAUUUUGCGUAUUUCGCGUGCCCCUUUUUCGAUUCGCGCCCAAAACUGGCAGCGCAUUUUUGGUCUAAAAAAAGCCCCGUAAAAUUAUGCGAAUUAUUUUGAGUUUUUUGUGUACUUCGCGUGCUACUUUUUCGCCCCCAGAAGUUAAUUUUUUCUUGGAUGUUGAAAGUGGUAAUAAAAACAUUUGCUUCGCCAUUGGUCUUCAGCAGAAAAAAUUAUUAUUAAAAUAAAAACCCAGGUGUGCAUGUGUCUACACCUGCGCUGUGCCUCAUGCAACUUGCACAGUUUCCCAGCUGAGAAUGUUUUUAAAACAUCCGACAACAUCGAACGGAUUUAAGUGAACGUAUUUACAGCCUUCUAAACUCCCCACUGUCCUGCUCGACGUUCUCACACUCGCCAACAAGUUUAACGGAAGUAAAUGUGAACUCCAUUCUGGACCCCCUAUUCUUCACUGCAGUUCUCUUGUCUGGCAUAGUCAUGCGGCCUGCAUACUUCCCUCUACAUCCUAGAGUUCUUUCACACCGGAAUCUCUCAUCCUCUUGGUGUGGAUUGCCAUUCGCGCGUGUUACGACGCGUCGCAUUUGUGGUUUGAGAGCAAAACUCCCUACACCAAGCGAGUCUGACCUGAUUUAUAACAGACGAAAACAAUUCCAAUGAUGUUUCGCCCUCUUGUGCUUACUACUUUAAAUGACGCUACGUAGCGGCUCCUUUAUCAAGGUGUUUAUGCAACCGGUCGCUGAUUCCCAGCCCCAGUAGCAUAACCUAGAAGGAGCCCGUGGGAU